AUGACAAUGCAUCGUCUUCUUCUUCUGCUCGUUAUGGCGAUGGCAAUGGCCUCCGUACAGAGCGAAGUGAUCAACCAGUCGAUCAAGCGAGUGUUCGACUUGACGCAGCACGUUGUCCGGGAAAAUACAGAGUUCCGGUUCAUGGAUACUAAUGCACAAAUAUUGAAGUAUACUAUCGCUUUUCCUCGUGCAUUGGAAAUGCAUCUGGCCAAUAUCUCGGCUCGAUGUGGCAAGACGCAAUGUGAGAUUGUGCCGGCGACACAAAAACACGCAGCCAAGACCCCUAAGGACGUGGCACUUUACACGGUGUUACUAAAGAAACCUGUGGCUAAAAAAGAGACGGGAGCUGUUAAAGUGACGGCCUACUUUACUCGCGUCCUGAAGCCUUAUCCGGCCGAGAUCACGCAGGUGGACGACCAGCUCGUGCUCUUUAAUACGAGCCACCUCGUCAUUUCUCCCUACUUGACUAAAACGCAGACUACCAAGUUAAAAUUGCCGUCUAAUUCGGUGGAGCGUGCUCAUGGUGUUGAGCCCAUGUCCAGAAAGGGAUCUGUCUUCAUCCUUGGACCGUAUCCUGACAUCUCUGCAUUCGCUGAUGGCGUGGAGAAUGCGCCUUUGAGUGUGCAUUACAAGAACCAUGCGCCGUUCAUGACCAUCACCAAACUCACACGUGAGAUUGAAGUGUCUAUGUGGGGUCGUGUGUCGUUCGAGGAGGUCUACGAUCUGAAACACACUGGUGCCAAGCUCAAGGGCGAAUUCUCCCGUCUUGACUACUUGCAGCGCCAUCGCAGCGCGUCAUUCCACGAAAUGCACGCGCAUCUGCCGAAGGACUCAGUCAACGUGUACUACCGUGACCAGAUUGGCAACGUGUCCACGUCGCACCUGCAACCUGCCGGCCGCAGGGGCUCGUACCAGGACCUCGAGUUUUAUCCGCGCUUCCCUCUGUUCGGCGGCUGGAAGACCCAGUGGUACCUUGGCUACUCUGUCUUUACGCACUCGGUGCUGACUCACGUUGGUAACAAGUUCAAGCUGAAGGCUAGCUUCUCUACGCCUGUUCAAGAUGCCUCCGUGGAUGACCUCACUGUCAAGGUGAUUCUUCCUGAAGGUGCUACCAAUAUACAGGUAAGCGUGCCGUUCAGUGUGGAUCGCACAAGCGAGGCCACGCGCCAGACGUACUUGGACACACCUGCGGUUGGUCGACCUGUGGUGAUCCUAGACAAGAAGAACGUUGUGGCUGCUCACAAUGUGCCCUUCGAAGUGACCUUCGACUUCCCGCAGUACUUCAUGCUGCACGAGCCGCUGCUGCUGGUGUCUGCCUUCCUGGCCUUUUUCAUCGUUUGCAUGUGUCUCUUCCGUCUUGACAUUAGCAUCGCUAAGAGGCCUGUGCAGAAGAAGAAGUCGGAAUAA